UGCGACUGACGCCCAACGAGGCUAGAGAAGUUCUUCAAACCAUGCAGUAUUCAGCGGCAUUCACGCGCUGAACAUAAGUAACCCCCAAAGGCUGUGUGAAUUAGUGUUCAGUAUUUUACCUCUGAAACAAUUUAUAUAUUUCACACUACAACAGGAUUUUGUACAAACCGGAAAACAAGUUUUUUGUUAACAUCAAGAUUAUGUUAUUCUUUAAUGACAGUGCAGAUACACAUUCUCAAGAAUACAAAUUUAGAAAUUUAUAUCCAUAACAAACACAGCUAGCGACAAAAGUGAAUCUGGAAUGUGAAGUGCAGAAUCUUAGACAAUUUUUUCUCGACGGAAGUUUAAAUACAUAUAAGGAAUUUUCAAUGGAGGGCACUUCUGAUAUAUUUACGUUCCGGGCGCUAGGAGUAACAGUGCUGAUACUGCUGGUGACGUGUCAUGUGGUCUGCUUGACGCCGGAUCAUGAAGACGGCUAUUCCCCGGACGUCUUGGAUCAUCCAGAACCUGCGUCCGGGACAGAGUCUCUGGAGUGUCCGUCAGACAACAUCAUUGUCACCCGUUACAAGUGCAAAGGAGCAGAUGAAAAGUGGGUUGACUGCUCAAGGCGCCAGUGCUGCCCAGAUUAUGUAUUUGUUGCUGGCAGAUGUAUUCACAAGUCUGUGGAUCCAUGUUCCCUUCAGCUGUGUGAACAAAGGUGUUCUGUUUACCUGCAGAAAGUUGUGUGCACCUGUUUCCCAGGUUACAGGUUUAAUGCAGAGAAACAGAAGCAGGGACUGAAGCCAGUGUGUGAGGAUGUGGAUGAAUGUGAAGAAGGGAGCUUAGAUUGUGAGCACACAUGUAUUAAUACUGUGGGUAGUUACAACUGUGCAUGCCGAGAUGGGUUUUCCCUGCGAACUGACAACCAUACAUGUGAGCCUAAUCAACAUCCUGAAGCACAGGAGGACAGGUUAAACCAAGCUGCCACUAGGGACCGUUGCUUUGCAAGCUGUGACACAGUAGCACGGCUUCAUGAUAAGCUGAACAGUAUGCAGGAGAAGGUCUUAGCCCUGAUGACUGCUGUUCGGCUUUCAACAUUAACACCAGGUCCACCAGGCCCCAUGGGCCCACCAGGCCCUUCUGGGCCUCCAGGGCCUAGGGGAUUUCCAGGUCCUGAAGGAAGUUCUCCAGGAGCUGAUUUUACUUACAGCCUACUGGACUCUUAUGUAACUCCACAAAUAAAUGAAGGACCUGGAUUCUGUCGUUGCAAACGAGGACCAGUGGGUCCUCCCGGCCCACCUGGAAGAGAAGGUCUGAAGGGGUCACAAGGAGAACAAGGACCACGUGGGGUCAAAGGGAAGCCUGGAUCAUUUGAUUUCCUACUGCUGCUUAUGGCAGACAUACGGCACAACAUCAGACAAUUGCAGGACAAGGUGUUUGGUGAUCAUGGUCCACCAGCAUUUGACCUGCAGGCAGAAUUACGUCAACACCGAUCCAAAUACCGCAAACGUCUUGAGCGCCAGCAACGACUGCUUGAAGGUCAUGUGGCACCAUGGUUGGAGAGUACAGGUCCAGCCGAAUUCCGUGACUCAGAACAACCAAAGAAAACUUUACAGGAAUACAUGGAUUGGGACGAAGAGGACACAUCUGGUGAUGCAGAUUCUGAUGAAUUCACAUGACUUCAACAUUUAAGUAUAUUCUGCUUUACAUAAAUCUUUCAGUGAAAUUUAAACAUACAUGAGAAUUUAGAUCUUGCAACUUCCAAGGAAUGGGUGCAUCAAAGUACAGUACUUACCAUGUUUAUUGCUGAAUUUUAUCUUCUAAAAAUAGAUGCAUAUGCAUGUGAUGACAUUUCAAAACCCUACUAUAUGCUUCUUCCAAAAAUGUACAUUCAUAAAAUGCCUUCACAUUCCUACUUUAGAUAUAUAAGUAAUAUGAUCAGGCAACACAGUGUUAUUAACAACUGUGCUCCAAUUCACAAAACAAGGUUAUUCUGCAGAUUUCACUGUUUUAUUCUCUUCAUUUCAAAAUAAAUGGUCAAACUUGAUUACAGCAGU